CAGUACUUGGAGAGGCAACCUAAAAGGUCCCACCCCCGAAUUUUUCUGUGCUUUAGUGACCAAGGCCAUUACUGGUUUUUUUUUGCACUUAUAUCCAAUCCCCCGUAAACAUCCACAUCGUGUUUUCCUCGUCCCUCUCCCUUCUUUCUUCUCUUCUUGAGAUAGAUCAUCUCUUCCCCCGCCGACAUCUUGAUCUGGCUGUCGCAACUAUUGUGACUUGCAUGACUGGGCCUCACUAGAGCCGUAUUGCCAGCUUCCCAUUACCUAACCUAGUCCUACUAGGAAUCACCACGUCGACUACCUAAUCAAAUACCACUCCAACCUUUUUUCAAAUUCCUUCUCUUUAUCCCUCUUCUCACAUCGCCAUCAUGUCUUUCAGUGGACGCAAAUUCUCUAUCAACCGCCAUACUGGCGCCCCCAAGACCCUCACUCGUCGUUUCAGUACGACUGAGCCUUCGAUGAACGAAUUCCAAUCCAAGGUUCAUCGUCAGUUCCGAAGUGCCCAUGAAGGUCAUAUGCCCCACGCUGGUCUCGAUGCCAGCCGAUCAUCAACCGGUGUUAUCUGGUGUACAGAGCGAGCUUCCGAGUAUGGCUAUCUCGAGAACCCUGAUGCGUGGGCCAAUCUUGGUCAGGGUGCUCCUGAAGUUGAGGACGAUAUCGAAGGCUGCUUCCCCAGACCUGAAACCAUUAACAUCUCAAUGGCUGGUCGAGAGUACGGUCCUACAGCUGGUAUCAAGCCCUUGAGAGAGGCUGUUGCUAAACUGUACAACGAGGCUCAUCGUCAGGGAAAGGAGAGUCAGUAUACUUGGGAAAACGUUGCUAUCGUCCCAGGUGGUCGCGCGGGUCUCAUCCGUAUCGCCGCCGUUCUCGGCAACUCAUACCUGUCUUUCUUCUUACCCGACUAUACGGCUUACAAUGAGAUGUUGAGUCUUUUCAAGAACUUUGCCGCCAUUCCCGUCCCUCUGGCUGAAGAGGACGGCUACCACAUUCACCCUGACAAGAUUGCCGAGGAAAUUGCCCGUGGUACCUCUGUCAUUCUUACCUCGAACCCUCGCAACCCCACUGGCCGUGUUAUCGCCAACCCGGAGCUUGCGGAGAUCCAGGACAUUUGCCGAGACAGAGCCACAUUCAUCAGUGACGAGUUCUACUCGGGAUACAAUUACACAUCCAAUUGCGAUGGCUCGACAAUAUCAGCGGCAGAGAACGUGGAUGACGUCGACGAAGAUGAUGUUCUGAUCAUUGAUGGUCUCACCAAGCGCUUUCGUCUGCCCGGUUGGAGAAUUGCUUGGAUCCUGGGACCCAAGGAAUAUAUCAAUGCCAUCGGUUCAUGCGGAUCUUACCUCGAUGGUGGUGCCUGCCAUCCUUUCCAGGAAGCUGCUAUUCCCAUGCUUGAGCCCAGUGUGGUCAAGAAUGAGAUGAUUCACCUCCAGUCUCACUUCAGAGACAAGCGUGACUUCGUCGUUCGACGUCUCCGUGAGAUGGGUUUCAUCAUCAAGUAUGUCCCUGACUCGACCUUCUACCUCUGGCUCAACCUUGAAGGUCUUCCCGAGUCCAUCUCAGAUGGUCUCAACUUCUUCCAGGCUUGUCUUGAAGAGAAGGUCAUUGUGGUGCCCGGUAUCUUCUUCGAUCUUAACCCUUCGCGCCGUCGUGAUCUAUUCGACUCCCCUUGCCAUCACUUCGUGCGACUAUCUUACGGUCCCCGCAUGGAUGUUCUCAAGAUGGGAAUGGACGCCAUUGAACGUGUUGUUCAGAAGCACCGAAAGCUCAACUAAGCCGUCUCCUAAAACAACCAAGACCUAUGCUUGCUUGAAAGUUUGGCUCAACCACAUGAGUUAUGUGUUAUUUUAUUGCCUGAGCCGGGUUGUUGACGAGCUUUGCGCUUUGACAAUUUUGAGACACCUCAGAGUAUUAUCUCACAGAGACAGCAGAUAUGUUGUCACAACUGUUAUGCAUGGCAAAUGCACGCAGUUUGGCAAUAAGUUAAGCUGAGGUUACACGAGAAUUAGUAUUGAAAGAGAUCAUCCCUGUCAUAGAUGGAGGGGUCUGCUAGAUCGUCUCAGACAGUUGUAUCCAUCGUUAUUUUUCCUAAUGAAUCGUCCUCGUCUCGGAUUCUUUGAUAUUA